CUCCAAUGUCGACCAGGACCCUGGUCACUGCGUGUUUGUCGGCUGCGAUGGAGCUGAAAUCCCCCAUGGCUCCUUUCCUAGCCCAAUGGCCGUCCCACGGGCUAGUCAGAGGCCCAGGAGGAUGAGUCGCAAUAUAGAUUCCCCAGUCCCUACGACUCUCGACUGCGUUCUGGGCCUCUCCACACAUGCCUACCCCCCCCCCGGACAAUCCAUACAAAGCUAUACAUGUUUGGCUUUGGACAAGCUGGGAUCUUUCUUUGUCCCCAAAGAUGGCGGUUGUGUCACCAGGCUGCCUUGUUUGCUGGGCCUAUCAGCCCCCAGAAUGCCUGAUAAGCGAUAUUGCGUCGACAGCCACAGCCCCUUCGUCCCUCCAUAUGCCCGGCUGGAUGCUGGAAUGAAGCGCUCGACACAUCCCCCGUGCAGGGACCAGGAACUACUCCGCUUCCCUCUUAAUAGCUGGAUGCCCUCGACUCGAAACCGUUGUGCCAAUCUUGUUGCUGUUCCCAUCGCUGUCUGCGGGAUCUUCACUGUCCUUCUCACUGUCCUGAACCGUCCUCACCGACUUUUGACUGGGAUCUAGGGCAUACUGAUAUACGGGGGGGAUCCAAGUCCACUGUCACACGUGCCUCGCAUUGAGCCUAUUUCCUUUAUUCGCCCAUCAUCUGCCCAGCA